ACUGCGUCGCGGAAACGUUUAAAAAGCGGGCGUCUUCCGAUGGACAGGGCACAUAGUGCUUACGUAUUCUCCACGAUGGUAUACAGAGCGAUUGCGCUUUACGUCGCCGUCCAGUCGGUUGUCGUUGCGUCGCCUACCGCCACCAUGUUUCACGGUGAAAGCGUCUCUCCGAUCGGGACGUUUUACCAUCCGACGCCAGCUUCCAGGGCCAGAGGCAUACCGGAAGUUGGCAAGCUGCCCAAGACGUCAACCAUAUCCAAAAAGUUUCCGGUGAGCGGACCUGACACCAAACCGUGGCUCAAACUACAAACUAACGCAGGUAAUAACCAUUUGACACGCAACCCACGCAUACCGGCUUUAAUGGAAACAUAUCAACCGUCCAGGCCACGAACCAACCACAUGCGCUUAGAAGAACCAAUAAGGUCACCCAUUUCGGAGGAGGAAAGAGCGGAAAAGAUGAAUUCUGACCUGGAAAAGAUGAUACAGUUUAUGACAGUACUAGGCCAAAUUGACCGGUAUCUGUCAUCUAGAGCAAAGUCUUUUGUUAACACACUGAGCCGAGCUAUGGAAAAUAAUCCCGACGACUACCACCUUUACAACGACAAAGAUAUGUAGUCUCUCGAAUACUGAGUUGCACUUGUUUUAUUUAACUAAACAUUAUACAUUUCAUUAUUAUUUAUUUUAUCCAUUAACUUGUUCAUA